AUGUCAAAAACCUUUGCCAUUUUGAAACCGGACCUCAUGUCCUGUCCUCCAUUGGCAGUCGAAGCGAUUCAACGAAUAAUUGCCUCGAAACUGAAAAUCAACCGAACUGCAUUGGUCGAACGAGUAGACAAAGCAAAAUUGAAGGAGUUGUACGCCGAACAUGCUGGUCGAUUCUACCAUAAUCGACUGAUAAGAACGGUGGGAUCAGGGCCGGUUUUGUUAAUGGAACUUGAGGCUAAAGGUGAGGAUUGGAUGGGCAUGGAGGUUCAUUUGGAUUGAGUUUUGCCGUACCGUAUCUUAAUAGUAGCUUUGAUAUACUGUAGUAUCACUGUGUCUGUAGUCAAAGCCUAACUCUAUCUUAACAUACCUUAGUUCUAGUCCUAGAGCUACCCAUAGCCCUAACCAUAACCUUAGGCCCAGCCCUAGCCUUACCUCAAGUUCUAGCGAUAGCCCUAGCCAUCGUCUUAGUUUUGGCCCUAGCUUAGCCCAAGCCUAGCCUUUAGCUCUACCUAGACAUGGGAUACGGGCUGGGCCUGGAUGUUAGGCUCAGCCCGAUCCAAAUUUUUCUCAGAAUUGGCCUGAACUUUUUAAGUGUAAACGGGCCUGGCUUUUUGGGCCGGGCCUUGAUUUUCCGGCCUUGGCCGACAUAAAUUUGGGUCAAGGCCGGCCCGGCUUGUUCCCCAUGUCUAACGUUAUCUCUAGUUUCAAUGAUACCUCUACCCAUAGCCUUACAAGGGAAUGUUACAAACUGCCCAUUCGCUUUUUAAAAAUGAAUGGUACCAUGUGAAAGAGCGUAAAAAGUUGACUAGAAAUCUAUUUUCAAAAACUGCCAACUUCGCCUUACAAGCCCGCUAGCGAGCUUUUAAAAUUUUCCUUAUUAAAAUGGUUUUUCUGCGUCCGCUUUCUUGUGAAUUCUUUCGAAAAGAGGAACCAAGUGUGUUCGAUUGGCCAAGUGGUCAAAGGCGCCGUGAUUGCGCAAUCAUGCGGGUCCGGUUCGAUUCUCUUUUGGGGUAGUAAGAUUUAUUUUUUUAAAAUUUAAAUUCAAAUUAAUUUUCAUUAACCGAACUAAAAUUUUUUUGUUGAUAAGUGUUUCUUACAUCUAUUAAAACAUAAAACAAUUAAAAAAAAUUUUUUUUUGAACAUACAAAAAUUGAAAAUAAAGCAUAUGAACAUAAAAGGCCCUUUUAAUAAUGAUUUUUAAAGCUCGCUAGCGGGCUUGUAAGACGAAUUUGGCAGUUUUUGAAAACAGAUUUCUAGUCAACUUUUUACGCUCUUUCACAUGGUACCAUUCAUUUUAAAAAGCGAAUAGGCAGUUUGUAACAUUCCCUUGUUAGCCUACGCUCCAGGCUUAGUUUUAGCCCUUAGCUGUAGCCCUACUGUAUCUUUAGCUUUUAAUAGCUUUAACCUUAGCUUUUAACUCAACGGUAGCCGUACCCAUAUCUUUAGCUCGCCCUUAGUCCAAGUCUUAGCUUUUAGCUCAAAUCCUAACUUUAGUUAUGGCCUUAGCUCUAACCUUAGCCUAAGUCUUAGACCUAGUUCUCGAGAUACAUAAACCUAGCCCCAACUUUAGCUUUUAGGUCUAGAGGUAGCUCUAGCUCUUAAAAAUUAAAAGUUAAAACCUUUUUUUCAGAAUCCUCAUCAAAGGUCGACCCAAUCUCGGAAUGGCGGUCCAUGAUAGGCCCAUCCAAGUAUCUAAAAGGCUUUCCAACGCCCGAUAACCACGAGACAUUUCGAUGGAACUACGCCUUGUCCGACGUCAGGAACGCGGCCCAUGGUGCAGAUUCGGCCGAAAGUGCGACGAGAGAGCUGCGACUAUUUGAGGACCAGUUCGAGCCAUUCGACAUUGAUAAACUUAUGCGGAAACUUUGUUUACAGCCAGUUGAAGGGGAUGGUGAAUGA